AUGGCAGCAGCGAUGGAAACUGAACAGCCGGGGGUCGAAGUUUUCGGCACCGCGGAGCGCGAGGAGAGCGGCGAGGCGGAGGCGGAGGAGGAGCGGCCCACCCUGGAGCCCUUCUACGUGGAGCGCUACUCCUGGAGCCAGCUGAAGAAGCUGCUCGCCGACACCAGGAAAUACCACGGCUACGUCAUGGCCAAGGCCCCGCACGACUUCACCUUCGUCAAGAAGAACGACCCGGACGGCCCUCAUUCGGACCGAGUCUAUUACCUCGCCAUGUCCGGGGAGAACCGGGAAAACACCCUGUUCUACUCGGAAAUCCCCAAGACCAUCAACAAAGCGGCGGUCCUGAUGCUGUCCUGGAAGCCGCUCCUGGACCUGUUUCAGGCCACCCUGGACUACGGGAUGUAUUCCCGGGAGGAGGAGUUGUUACGGGAAAGGAAACGCAUCGGCACCAUCGGCAUCGCCUCGUACGACUACCACCGAGACAGCGGGACCUUCCUGUUCCAGGCCGGGAGCGGAAUUUACCACGUGAAAGACGGAGGGUCCCAGGGGUUUACCCAACAGCCCUUGAGGCCCAAUUUAGUGGAGACCAGUUGUCCCAACAUCCGGAUGGACCCGAAACUCUGCUCUGCCGAUCCCAACUGGAUCGCCUUCAUCCAUAGCAAUGACAUCUGGAUCUCCAACAUCGUAACGAGAGAGGAGAGGAGACUCACCUACGUGCACAACGAGCUGGCCAGCACGGAAGAGGAGCCCAGAUCCGCCGGCGUGGCCACCUUCGUCCUCCAAGAGGAGUUCGACCGCUAUUCCGGCUACUGGUGGUGUCCGAAGGCCGAGCCGACUCCCGGCGGAGGCAAGAUUCUGCGCAUCCUGUAUGAGGAAAACGACGAGUCCGAGGUGGAGAUCAUUCACGUGACGUCCCCCAUGCUCGAAACCAGGAGGACGGAUUCGUUCCGAUACCCCAAGACGGGCACAGCAAAUCCCAAAGUCACCUUUAAGAUGUCCGAAAUAACAAUCGACGCAGAAGGAAACAUUGUGGACGUGGAGGACAAGGAGCUCGUCCAGCCCUUCGAGGUCCUGUUCGAAGGAGUGGAAUACAUCGCCAGAGCCGGAUGGACUCCAGAGGGAAAAUACGCAUGGUCCAUCCUGCUAGAUCGUUCCCAAACCCGGCUCCAGAUCGCGUUAAUCUCCCCUGCAUUAUUUAUCCCAGUAGAAGACGACGCUAUGGAAAGACAGAAGCUCAUAGACUCCGUGCCCGACUCGGUGACACCCCUGAUUAUUUAUGAAGAAACAACCGACAUUUGGAUAAAUAUCCACGACAUCUUCCACAUCUUCCCCCAGAGCCACCCAGACGAGGUGGAGUUCAUCUUCGCUUCCGAGUGCAAGACUGGGUUCCGACAUCUGUACAAAGUCACGACAACGCUGAAGGAGAGCAGAUACAAGAGGUCCGGUGGAGGCUUCCCUGCUCCGAAUGAUUUCAAGUGCCCCAUCAAAGAGGAGGUGGCCAUCACCAGCGGAGAGUGGGAGGUGCUGGGCCGCCACGGCUCGAACAUCCGAGUCGACGAGGUGAAAAAGCUGGUGUAUUUCGAAGGCACGAAAGACACCCCCUUGGAACACCAUCUGUACGUGGCCAGCUACGAAAACCCCGGCCAGGUGACACGGCUGACAGAGAGGGGCUUCUCUCACGCCUGCUGCAUCAGUCAGGACUGUGACCUGUUCAUAAGUAAAUACAGUAACCAGAAGAACCCCCACUGCGUGUCCCUCUACAAGCUCUCAGGUUCUGAAGACGACCCGGUUCCCCGAACAAAGGAGUUCUGGGCCACGAUUUUAGAUUCGGCAGGUCCUCUUCCGGAUUACAUCCCGCCGGAAAUCUUCUCCUUCGAAAGCACCACGGGUUUCACCCUGUAUGGGAUGAUGUACAGGCCUCACGACCUGCAGCCCGGGAAGAAGUACCCCACCGUGCUGUUCAUCUACGGUGGGCCGCAGGUGCAGUUGGUGAACAACAGAUUUAAAGGCGUCAAGUAUUUCCGCUUGAACACCCUGGCGUCUCUGGGCUACGUCGUGGUGGUGAUUGACAACCGGGGGUCCUGUCACCGAGGACUGAAGUUCGAAGGGGCUUUCAAGUAUAAAAUGGGCCAGAUCGAGAUCGAAGACCAGGUGGAAGGCCUCCAGUACCUGGCGUCUCAGUACGAUUUCAUCGACCUGGAGCGCGUCGGCAUCCACGGCUGGUCCUACGGCGGAUACUUGUCUCUGAUGGCGUUACUGCAGAGGUCAGAUAUCUUCAGGGUGGCGAUUGCCGGCGCGCCAGUGACGCUGUGGAUUUUCUACGACACGGGCUACACGGAGCGCUACAUGGGCCACCCCAACCAGAACGAGCAGGGCUACUACCUAGGCUCCGUGGCCAUGCAGGCCGAGAAGUUCCCUUCCGAGCCCAACCGUUUACUGCUGUUGCACGGCUUCCUGGACGAGAACGUCCACUUUGCACACACCAGUAUAUUACUGAGUUUUUUAGUGAGGGCCGGGAAGCCCUAUGACUUACAGAUCUACCCUCAGGAGAGACACAGCAUCCGAGUGCCCGAAUCCGGAGAGCAUUACGAACUGCAUCUUUUGCACUACCUUCAGGAAAACCUGGGCUCCCGUAUCGCCGCUCUAAAAGUCAUGUGACGGUGACCUCGAGGAUCCCGCCAGGCUCCCUCUGGGACAUUCCGGAGCGUUCCCAUCCCGCCCCCCCGCCACUUCCCCUCCCCGCUCAACGCCCCCGCCGGGACCGCCCAGCACAGACCGGCCAAGGCCCCGGUUCCCCGGGAACGCCGCCGGGCGGGGAGAAUUCCCAGGAGACGGACGACAGGCCACCGGUUCGCCCCACGCACCCCUCUCACUUUUUCAAAGCGUUAAUAAGCCUCGUGGGAGGGGUCUUUUUACGGCGCCUUUCCGAAUUUGUUACAAUCGAGUCGCUGAAUGAUGGGUUCGCUACAGUCCAACAGCCUCUCUGGCUAGAUACGGAUUUAGACCACACUUAAAUGUAAUUUAAUAGCUUACGCUUCAUUACUUGGGAUGCGUCCAGCAUGUUACGAGCUAAUCGUUAUUCAACAUAUGACUUGAUCGGUCCUUAAUGAUUUAAAAGAAAAAAACUUGGGAUGCAUCCAGCAUGUUCCGAACUAAUCACUAUUAAGCAUAUGACUUAAUCGGUCUUUAAUGAUUUAAAAGAAAAAAAAACCAAAACCCCUCGAGGCCUCCCACAGACUCUUUCUUAGGUCAGUCAAAAGCUCCGACCGGCUUCUCGGUGAGUUCCGUCUAUGUAUCGAAUACAGACACUAUUCAUUUUUCUUGGGUAAUAAUGAUCUGAGUGGAUUUUAAGCAGUCGCUCUCACCUGAAGGAAACUACAAUAACAGUCUAUGUAGCAUGGAUUUAAUUAGUCUUACGGUGUUGCUAAUUGCCGGCGGAUUGAUUUUUUUUUUUAAAGGGAAAGAUUAGAGCUUAAAAUUUUGCAAUCUUUAUCCCCCACUGGCUCCGACUCCUAAAGACUGACCCUCUCUCGGGAACCUGAGGGCGUCUCUUGACUCUGUUUCCCUCUACUGUCUUCCCACGUUGCUGUGUCUUGGAAUUUGCUUCCGGGUGGAGGGAGGGGGAAGUUAAUGAUGUUUUCCAGUUCUAGCUGGUUAAUAAAGAUGUGUGAGUAUCCUGUACCUGAGCAUGGAAAGGGUUUGGGAAAUGAGGGUUUUUUUAACCUUCUGGAGUGGUAGUGUAAAAAUAGGGAACUUGGGAUCAUCACUUGAAGCCAGUGAAAGCCCCAGUGUCCCUAAGAAGGGAAAAAAUCCUGUGGGAGCAGCGUCUUCCCUGAAUUUUAACGACUAAAAAAAGAUUUUCAGAAACCUGACAUCCCGGCUCCCUUCCUUGUUGGAAAAUGGUCGGCUGAGCACGAGAAGCCGCUGUUUGGAAAUCAGAGCCCGACAACCCCAAACGACCCCGGCCCCCGCUCAGAAGGUGAGGGGCUGUCCACCUCCAAAAUCCAGGCCAGGAAUCGCUCAGCGUUCCAGGGAUCGGUGCUCACCUCCUUGAAUUCCCCUGGCCGGAUGGAGGCGCGGGGACCUCGAGAGCAGGCGGCGUCACCGGGAAGCCCUUCUUCCUCCUCCGUGCUCCUCUCUCCGGGUCGAGGGACGGGGCCGAGCUUCGGAGCCAGCGUCCGGCGAGGGCAACACAAGCCGAGUUCCUCGUCAGCAAGCGAGUGUGGAGUGCCUGGCUGUUGGGCCCGUAGCUGGCUUUGGCAGAAAUAUCCUGCGUCGGGGUAGGAGGUGACAGAGGGGAGAGGAAAAAGUCCAACGUUGCUCUAGCGAUGGCCGAACACUUUGAAAUAGGAUUGGAUUUUUUGAGUCUUUGCAUAUUUGUACUGUAUUAUGCAUAUAUCUCUAUUGUGUGGACAUGUAUACAUUUACAUACGGAUGGUAUUCUCCCUUGCCUGGAUUUUUUUUUCCAUCGGUGUUAAAUCGGUCUGGGUAUCUCUACCCCCAUCCCCACCAAUCAAAAGGACAUUUCCUCCUGUUUCAUUUGUCUUAAGUAGCUGGUGGGUUAUUAAGGGAGACUCGUGCCUCUGAACCCCGCGGCCUACCGUCGCGGGGAGGGGGGCAUUCCUAUAGGGCAAGAUCUGCUGCUGGACCCAGACCGUCAGAAAAUCACUCUGAUCGAUAGGAAAAAAAAAAGGAUGGAGCGGAGGACGCACCAUUUUAUGCAAGACGCUAUCCCCAUGGCUCAUAGGAUGGAACCGCCCCCCGGCCACUGAGCAUUUAGAUGUCACCCAUUUUCCUGCCCCCUCCAGGGGCCAACCAUCUUCAUAUUUGGUGCCACACUGUGAACUUGGCAGAAGGCUCUUGUCCUCGCAGAUUUUUGCCCGAUUUAGAUUUGUGUGUCGUAUCGGGGAUGGGAAGGAUUUCCCGGCUCCCCUCUCCCGUCUUCCUCCGGCCCACCGCCGCCCAAAGUGAGGGAGCAGGGACGGGUGUCGAGUGAGGGGGGGAGUUGGAGCAGGAGGGGUUGGGAGGAGAUCCAGGAGCAAAGAGCGGAGCGGGGCUUUCCGCUUGCUUCACCAGGGUGGUAUCCCGGACUCCAGCCUGAGGGACGGCUGGGGUGGGAUCGAGACCAUACGCUCGUUGUGGGCAGGGAGUGUGUCUAUUCUACUCUGCAUUGUCCCCUCCCAUGCGUUCGGUACAGUGCUCUGCUCACAGGAAGCGCUCAAUAACUGCAAUCAGUGAGGAACGGGGAGGUGAAAUGGGCCUUCUGGAGAAAAGGGGGAGCAAACCACCUCUCCUGCUCGGGGCCACCGACUCCCACAGGAGGGGCAUCCAGAGUGGGAUCCCGGUCUGUCGGGCAGAAGGGCCGGUGCUUAUUGAGGGAGGGAGGAUGGCUCCCAAACUCACAUCUGCCUGAAGGCGAGUCAAGGCCUCAGCCGCGAGAUUCAGUCGCGGAGCCGGCGUCUCCUUCCAUCCGUUCGACGCCCCGGACGACACCCUCCAUCUGCCCGACUCUCCAUACGUUCUCCUGUUGUGGGGGUUACUUCCUGAGGGAGAUCUUUAAUCACGGCGCUUUGUGGAAAGGGAAAAGCCGAUGGAAGAAGGAAAUGGAAUGAGGUUAAGGCUGGGGGUUGACCCAUCACUUCUAUGAGCAUCUCCCUGACGGUUGACAUCUUCUACCCUGCAAAUCAAAUGCCGAGCAGGCCGAUCCGUGAAGCAGCAAGUCGACUUUGGCACGCCCGGCUUUGGGGCUUGAUUCCAUCUGCUAUCCAACGGCCGGGGAUGGGGGGAAUGACCUCGAAGACCACCGGUCCCGUCCGUCAGAAGGAAAGCGGACAGGGCCGGGCCGCCUUGCCGGGGGACAGGCAACACCGGUCACCUCCCCUGAAGGAUGGAGUCCCGUGGACAUCAGGCCAGUUUCGUGCCAAAGAGCGGGUACAGCCGAGUCGGUGAGCGAGGCGUCGGAGGGAGUGCCCGCUUAUCCCUCCCCCUGGACUUUUAGACUGUGAGCCCACUGUUGGGUAGGGACUGUCUCUAUACGUUGCCAAUUUGUACUUCCCAAGCGCUUAGUACAGUGCUCUGCACAUAGUAAGCGCUUAAUAAAUACGAUUGAUGAUGAUGACGGAUGGUUUCGCCACCAGACGCCCGCUUCCCCUCAGUAACUCAAGUGCCUGCCCGUUCGCACGCGGUGGGCCGGAACCCACGCCCUCAUUUCAGAAGGGAGAAACCGUCCGGAUCUUGCAGCGUUCUGCCCGAAAGGAGUCGGGUGUUUCAUUUUAGAACUUAAAAGUGCCUGCUGUUUGAAGCGUUGACUUGGAUUUUAAACAGUGCAUGCUUCACUGGAGUGAAUUUAUGGGGUCGUCCCCGUCCCUCCCACCUCCCCAUUUCUAGCUCAGCGGCUUUUAAUCACGUAAAGUGGAAACAUUAGUCUGGCUGCGUUUUAUUACGGACCCUUUUGUUGCAAUAAAGAUGCUGCUAAAUCAAUCGAAUUAAA